AUGUGGCUAGACCGCAUUUCGGGUCAUGCGACGCCCUCCGGUCCCCAAUUUGAUAGUCGCAGCAGCUCUCCCUUGCCUCGAAGGACCUCAUCUCGCUUGGCUCCGGCUCAGAACAAUCGCCCCGCCUCCAGUCGCCAAGGUUCGGCGUUGUCUCUCUUGUCGACUCCGAACGACUCAUCUACUUCCCUCGCUGCGACUGCACGUGAAGGUUCCUCGCCUAAACCGAGUGCCGCAAGACCCCGCCCAUCCGAUGUUGCUGAUCCGCUCGAGGUUUUGAAUGGGAUCAUUGGAAAACAAGGCAAAACAAGAGACAGCUCUCCAGCGUCCGUCGCGGAAGUGAAACCCUCGGAGCUUGUGGAGGACAUUGAUUUCCAUGGACUCAGCCUGGAAGAUUUUAUCGCGGAAGAAGAACAACCUAGAAGAGCAUGGCAAAGUGAUGUCGGCGCCCAGACCAUCCAGCAGUUCGAGAAGGAAAGGGACAAAUUUCAGGACCUGCACUCGGCAAUCACUGGCUGCGAUGACGUCUCCAAGUCAGUUGAAAUGUACUUGAAUGACUUUCAGAAUGAAUUGGGAGCUGUAUCAGCAGAAAUAGAGAGUUUGCAAUCUCGUUCGAUACAGCUGAAUGCGAUGCUAGAGAACCGACGGAAUGUUGAACAGCUGCUUGGACCUGCUGUGGAGGAAAUCAGCUUGUCUCCGAAGACCGUCCGAUUAGUGGCGGAGGGACCUAUUGAUGAGAACUGGGUCAAGGCUCUGAACGAGAUCGAGACUCGGACGGCUAGCAUCGAAGCCAAGGCCUCAGGCACCAAUAGUAGCAAGUCUAUCGAAGAUGUGCGGCCUCUGCUGGGUGAUAUCAAGAAGAAGGCAGUGGAGCGGAUCCGGGACUAUCUGGUGUCUCAAAUUCGAGCCCUGCGAUCUCCGAACAUCAAUGCACAGAUCAUCCAGCAGCAGCGACUAGUUAAGUUCAAGGACUUGUACGGCUACAUAUCACGAGCCCACCCCACUCUCACGGGAGAAAUCACUCAGGCCUACAUCAAUACGAUGCGAUGGUAUUACCUGUCGCAUUUCACAAGGUAUCACCAAGCACUCGAAAAAAUCAAGGUCUAUCCGAGCGACCGGAAUGAGGUAUUAGGAGGGGAUCCAUCCUCACAUAAAACAGGUAACAUUGUUCCCGGUGGCCGAGCUGGUUCUGCGGCGCACGACCCCUUCUCUCUCGGCAGGAGAGUCGACAUACUUAGGGCAGGUAAUCAAAUGGCAAUAUCUUCCUACUUGGCAGAGGAGGACAAUGCUUUCCACGGACUCGAAGUCCCUUUCCGAAACUUCAACCUUGCUCUCCUAGAUAAUGUUUCCGCCGAAUACUCGUUCAUGACCGAGAUGUUCUCCACAUUGGGCUUCCAACAGAUAUCUCGCAAGGCCGUUGAGAUCUUCGAACCAGUCUUCACCCUUGGGCAGGCCCUGACCAAGCACCUGAUCGAGCAGACUACAGAUGCGCUCGGAGUUCUGAUCUGCGUGCGAUUGAACCAGCAAGCCGCUUUCGAAUUGCAGCGACGCAAGGUACCGGUGGCCGACUCCUAUGUCAACGGAACCAACAUGCAAUUGUGGCCUCGGUUCCAAGUCAUCAUGGACACGCAGUGCGAGUCAUUGAAACGGGUAGCAGCGAACACCGGCCGUAGUGCGGUCUCCGCAUUGUCUCUUGCUGGAGGAGACGAUCUCAACAAGUCAUUCGCACCUCAUUUUCUCACUCAGCGUUUUGGACAACUCCUGCACGGCAUUUUGGUGCUGAGCAGUGAAGCCGGGGAUGACGAGCCAGUGGCCAAUAGUCUGGGCCGAUUGACCACAGAGUUUGACAAUCUUCUAGCAAAGCUUAGCCGGAUUGGCGGCGACGCCAAACGGAGGGAGAGGUUUCUUUACAAUAAUUAUUCGCUUGUUCUGGCUAUUAUUAGUGAUACCCAUGGCAAACUAGCCACCGAACAGAAACAGCAUUUGGAAGACAUGCUCAAGAACGUAGGCAAGCGUGGCUAA